GGGCCGGGUGGGACGUAUGAACGGAAGUAUGUAUGUGGCUCAACUGUCAGUUGUGUCUCAGAGGAGUCAUAGUGAAAGUACACACACGAGCUGAGCCGACUCCUGCCGAACAACUGCUCUACAGUCCGCUGUGAGACGGAGUUUUGCGCGUGACAUAAUCAUGUCACAGCAUGCAGCGAACGGCUGCGCGAGCCGGGGCAAGGUGCUGAAUUUGGACAGCAUGAACCCCAAUGUGAGGAAGGUCGAGUACGCGGUCCGCGGUGCCAUAGUCCAGCGGGCUCUGCAGAUAGAGAAUGAGCUGAAAGAGGGAGUCAAGAAACCUUUCACGGAAGUUAUCAAGGCUAACAUAGGCGAUGCCCACGCAAUGGGCCAGAAACCAAUCACAUUUCUCAGACAGGUCUUGGCCCUGUGUGCUUACCCGGAUCUCCUGGAGGACAACAAGUUCCCGGAGGAUGCCAAGCAAAGGGCGCGGCGUAUUCUCGAUGCCUGCGGAGGCCACAGUAUAGGGGCCUACAGCGCCAGCCAGGGCAUUGAGUGCAUUCGUCAGGAUGUGGCACGCUACAUAGAGAAGAGAGAUGGUGGAGUCCCCUCCAACCCCGACAACAUCUACCUCUCCACCGGAGCCAGUGAUGCCAUUGUGACCAUGCUGAAGUUGCUGGUGUGUGGCGAGGGUCGUGACCGUACUGGAGUAAUGAUCUCCAUCCCCCAGUACCCUCUGUACUCGGCGGCCCUGGCAGACCUGGCCGCCGUGCAGAUCAAUUACUACCUGGAUGAGGACAAGUGUUGGAGUCUGGAUAUUGCAGAGCUAAAGAGAGCCGUCAACGCAGCCAGGCAGCACUGUAAUCCCCGCGUAAUCUGCAUCAUCAACCCCGGAAACCCCACUGGUCAGGUCCAGAGCAGGCAGUGCAUUGAAGAUGUGAUCCGAUUCGCUAAAGAGGAGCAUCUCUUCCUCAUGGCUGAUGAAGUCUACCAGGACAAUGUGUAUGCAGAGGGCUGUAAGUUUCACUCCUUUAAAAGGGUGUUGUUUGAGAUGGGACCAGAGUACUCCACUACAGUGGAGAUGGCCUCCUUUCACUCCACCUCCAAAUGCUACAUGGGAGAGUGUGGAUUCCGUGGAGGCUACAUGGAGGUGAUUAACAUGGACCCUGAAGUGAAGGCUCAACUUACCAAAAUCGUGUCGGUGCGUCUUUGCCCCCCUGUUCCCGGACAAGCUCUCCUGGACAUGGUGGUCAACCCCCCGCAGCCUGAUGAGCCCUCCUACAACAAGUUUAUGAAGGAGCGGACAGCGGUGUUGGCAGAUUUAGCAGAGAAGGCGGGGCUAACAGAGCAAAUCUUCAACACAGUACCUGGUAUCACCUGUAACCCUGUGCAGGGGGCCAUGUACACCUUCCCCCGCAUCGCUCUCCCACAGAAGGCCAUCGACAAGGCAAAGGAGGAAGGCCAUGUCCCAGACAUGUUUUAUUGCAUGAAGCUGCUGGAGGAGGAGGGCAUCUGCCUGGUGCCUGGUAGUGGCUUUGGCCAGAGAGAGGGAACCUUCCACUUCAGGAUGACCAUCUUGCCUCCCACUGAGAAGCUGAAGAUUGUGCUGCAAAAGAUCAGCGAUUUCCACAUGCGGUUCACACAAGAGUUUUCAUAACCGCCAUCUCGAGAACCACCUCAUUCAUUACCAGUAUCUUCAAGUGCCUUUGUGAGACGGAGGCAAGAAGUCUUAAUGUCGUCUCCUGCGAUACCGAUCUCUUAAGAUCAGAUAUCUUCACCAUUUUGCAACAGCGAAGAACCUUGAAGGCUUCUUUAAUUUAGACAGCUAGUGAAAAUGAGAUGUCCUGUUUAUAUGUGAAGAUGUAAUUAUUUGCGCUUAAAGUAUUACCCAGCCAGGUUUUUAAUGCACAAGUGUUAUAUUGUUGAUUGCAUGUUAUGUCUGGUGUCUAGAUGCACCACUGUCCUGUCAAGACUUAUGCAGCCAAAUUAGUUGAAAGUAUCAAUUAAUAACAUGUUUGGUGAUUACUAAUUGUUUGAAGGCUGAGAUCUGUAUAACUAAAUUGCUCUUAAAUGUGAUUAAAACUAAUUUCUAGAACGCUUGUUUUUUCAAUAUAAAAGGCCUCUUACAUUUGGAAUAAAUUUGCUGAACACCU